AUGGAAGCGACAGCGGGUUCUACCUCUUCCACGAUCCCAGUUGCGAUGGAACGGAGGAUCAAGCCGCCCGAUGGGUUCUGGAUGUGGACGCGCCGUCCACGGAAGCAUUCCAGGAUCUGGACCAGGACGGCAAGUGUGCGUACCAGGCGCGCCUCGAUGGAGGCAAUGCUUCUGCACCGCCUUCCACGGCUCAGUGGACGGUCUUCUGUAGAGGCGGUUGGCAGGAGGUGGAGGUGCUCGUCACCGAGGAUCGUGGUGACCGUUACCAGCAGGAGUGCUUCCAGGCCGGCACCUGCCAGGACGGAGGCUCUCUGCCUUGCGAGUGGUGUGGGCUGCACCAGGGCCAAAGACUGUUCUGCUGCAGCGCAAGCGACGAGAACCCGGAAUAUGCCAACUGCUUCGGGACCCCAGGGCUUGAUUCCGGUGCAAGCUUUCGUUGUGUCACCACAACGACAACGACACCGGCUGCAGACAGGUAUCUGA